UGUUCCUGUAUUUUCGUCGAAAAUUGCGAUUUAGGAUUUGCCAAUCAGAAGAUAAUCUGACGUUGUGUUGGUGAUGAGUGUAUGUGUAGUGUAUGUAUAUUCAACUCGAGUAUGGCUAUUUCAAUAUUUUUCAUGUUCGUCGGGGUUUUUUUCGAGCUUCGAUAAGAGAUAACGUCGUGUUCUAUGUCGCCUGUGGUCUGAUGUAGUGUGAUGCAAUUCAGCUGUCAUUGUUAGGGUAAGAAUUAUGUUGAAGCAAGUUAGAUCGAGAACUUGAUGUUCGAAUACUGUUCGUGUAGUGGUGAUUUUUAUCCUUUUAAUAAUGUGCUAUGUGAGUGCGUAGUAUGUACAUGUAUUUUAUAAUGUGAUCAUUUUCGCGAAAUGAUCUCGAUAAAUUCGUUAAGUGUAAAAUAUGAUCCAUUAUUGGUUAAUGCAUUGUUUUAGAGUGAGUAAUUUUAUAUAAUUUUCGCGAGUUAGAUCGACAAUUCGGCAUUUUGCAAUUCGAAAUGAUACAGGUGCGGUGAAUCUGUAAUAAUCGUUAUGUACUUAUCGAUUUGUGUUGAUUGAAUGUACAUUGUACAUCGUGCUGUUCAAUUUUCUGUGCGACUUUUUUUUCUGAAAUUAUUGCGUAUUUCAUUAACAUUGCUGUAAAAUAUAUUCGUGAUAUUCUAAUUCCGGUGGCACUGGUGGCAGAAUUCUUCGCGAUCCUUCGUCAAUGAGACAUUCAUUUUACCAAAUGAAGAAAUUUCAAGUAUCUGCUGUUGUGGACUUGUGAAGGACGAACUGGAUACGUAAUUUCUGGAGGUAAAGCUGAAUAAAUCGAGUUUCAAUAUUCAGAGACGGCGACAACAUCAGCAUGUCUCAUAUACGCAUAGCUACAGCCGCAACCCCGUACAAAGAACUGCAAAAGGAAGCAAAACGAUGCGGCAUUCCAGCCAAUAUGAAACGUUCGUUUUUAGAAUCCGCGAUUGCAGCUUUCAGUGAGAACGAUCAUGAAAAGUUGGCCUCGAUUAUACAACACCAUAAGGGGCAACGUAAGCGACCGAACAACAAGAAAAGUGUAAAAACUUUUGCCAGAUCUGAAACGAAGAGUAGUAAAGGUAGUGUGAGCAAAACGACAAUUGCUGUUGCUACCUCGCCUGUGCAAGCAUCAUCGUCCAAUUAUUCGUCUCAUGGACGUUUUUACGUAUUGAGCAACGACAAUGAUGACGAUGACGAUUCAUCGAAUGAUUUUCAUCCAGACUCAACUAGCACGCCAAAUCGUUCCUCUCCGGCUGCCAAUCUGAGUCGUUAUGCUGAUAACUAUGGCGUCGGCACCAGCCCCGGUGUUCAACACCAAACGAAUCAAAUUCGCUCACUUUGUGAUUCAUCAGCGUCAUCCACAGCUGUUGCCGCGGCAAGGACAGUGACGGCGUUAGCGUUGGCGAAAGUUCAAACUCAGGAAUUGCGUUUAAACGACAUCAAUGAGAACAGGAUGUCAAUGAUGCACAAAACCACCGCCCAUUUGAAUUCAGUUUCAAGUUUGAAGCUCCCAUCAACCCCUUCGCAGCCAAUUGCAUGCGAUGUGGAUAGCACGAGUAUUCAUUUCACCACCACCGCUGCCGCUGCCACCGAGCAAAACCAGUAUUCGUUUCAAACCAAGUACUCGAAUUUUCACCGUUUACAGAUCAAUUCGAAUGUGGCAGCGGCGCCGCCGGUUCCAGGCUCUACGCCUUUUAAUCAGCAUCCUGCAGUCGGUGAUUUCGGAUACCCUUCUUAUUCGCCUCUCAUUAUGGAAAAACAAUACGCCACCUCAGCUUCAUCGUCGUACGGAGGCGUAUCGAAUACUGUUCAACUAAGCGAUGUUACGAAGAAUUUUCUGGUUCCACCGACGCCAGUGGCCGCACCUGAGAAGACUGCAACGACACUUUCCUCAAGCAGCGCAUAUGUCAAAAAUUCAAGAACUUUGGCAGUCACCUCGUCCUCUACCGCAAACCUUAAUCAACGCCGUGACAUAAACGACAAGUUCAACCGACCUGUGCUAAUGCCGAUUGCAACCAGUGUUAAUACGGAGUUUGAUAGCGACUCAGAUUCGGAAACUUUGAGCUUGACAGAAGAGAUAGUCAACUUUUUGGAUCCGCGAGUGGAAACCCGCAGGUUAUCAGUUCCUGCGCCCAACGUGCAACGUUUUCAUUCCACUCCGAUAAAUUCAAAUGAGAGUUUGUCUAGCCUGCCGAACCAGAAUCGAUCGGUUUGUGGCAACUCACGCUGUCGCGACAACUGUUUCAAAAAACCAAGUUUUCAAGACUGUGGCGCGAACGUGAGUGCCGCUCUCCAACACCAAUCAUCGUCAAGUAUCGCCGCAGUGGACGGAUACGAUUCAUCAUUACCAUCCAUUACUACUCUACUGCCAGAGUUUAAAAUGCAGGCAUUUUGUCAGGGAUUCUCCGAGUCAUCUAUGUCGUACUACGAUUUCACGGCGCAAUCUUAUAACGCUUAUUCGCACGCUAAUAGGACUGCUGACCCUACAGCCGCAUUUGUAUCGCCGCUGCCGUUGCCUAAGAGAACGCAACACUCGAAUCCGCCAUACGCCUUCGGUGGCGACCCAUCGGUUUCGGACAUGUCUCAAUUUGCCGCCGCAGCCGCUGGUGCCGACUCAGCCGCCAAAGAUCCGAAUGUUUUCAUGGGCUUUCCGUAUAGGAGUAUUUGCGGCACAAACAGUGGUCGAUCGAACGAUUCGAACGGUGUACUCGAAUCAUUUUCGCAUUCUCAUCUUGAACAGCCGCAGCCACAGACGCAGGCUGAUUCUGCGCUUGAUUUGUCCGUAUCCUCUACCGAAAUGGAUGAGUCGCCAGUGUCUUUGAAAUUCAACUCGCCGUUUGACGUAUUUAACGAAGCGAUAGAAGAGAUGCGCAGAUGUACGAGUAAUGCAAAUACUAUCGAAACGCCGUCGUUGAAUUACUUGCCAUCUACAACGAACAAUUCAGCCGCUGCCACUGCUACAACCACCACCACAACUACAUGUGAAACGUGGUUACAACAGCAAACGGAGACUAUCUCAGUUGAAGACGUCAACCGCGAAUCGUUCGAAAACAAAAUGUAUGGGGCUGUUGAGAAAAAUCACACGGGAUUAAUGGCGAUUGAAAAUCGGCCUUCGCUCGCGCUCGCGUCCACUUCCAGCACUCGUCACACCGAUUCCGAAACGAAGCACGAAUCGCCUGUACCUUCGUAUCGUCCGUGCAAGAAUGAAAUUUACGGGUGUAACGUUAUUAUGAAUGACGGAGAAUCGGCGCGACAGCACGAAAACCAAUGUCUCCAUCAAGUUGUCCAUUGUCCUUCGGAGGAAUGCAAUUGGUGCGGUGUUAUGAAAACGUUGACGGAUCACAUAUACGUAUCCCAUAAGUCUGAUCUACACAUCAGUAACGAUUUCGUAUAUGUAAUGAAUCAAAAUGAAAGAGACGCGCCGUUUGCAACGUAUUUUCAACUGCACGAAGGAACUAUAUUCGUCAUCACGCUGCACAUGAAUCAGAAAAAAUGCAUCGUUACAAUGCAGGUCACCCUAUCGUCAACAUAUCCACUUGCUGAAGUAUCGGAUUUCCAUGCGCCAUGCCGUUUGAUCGUUUCCUUGUUCGCUCCAGAGUUUGCUAAUAAUGUAGUUGACGAGUCACUCAUCAAAAUGAAAUAACAGUACAAUACAAAUUAGAGAACUUGUAAUUUGAUGGAUCAGAAUGAAUAAUGCUAAUUUGGAGCAUGCCUCAAGAGUCAAGAUGUUCUACAGUUCCAUGAUGAUCCUGAAGCAGGCUAAAGCAAUGAAAGAUUGCCUACUCCGGGUAAGAAUAGUUACCUAUGGUAUUGAUAUGGUAUUGAUUUCUUUUAUUCGUGAUAUUUGGUGUUGAUCAGCUUAGAAUAAAAAGUGGUACCAUUUGGUUAUGCUUGAAGCUUCAGCUGAAAAAAAAUUAAUGGAACAAUUUUUUUUUCAUAAAAUAUUUUUUGAAAAAACGAAGCGACCAUGUUUUUUGUGGCUGGGCCAAUACCCUCAUAAUCGGACGAUGCAAUCAUAUCCAUUAUCCAAUACUUUGAUACAUACCUCGCAACGCAGCAUAAUAUACUCGUAUUAUUAUCAGUACAUACAUCAGCUUCUUUUUGAAAUUGUUGGAAAUGCCUAUUUUCUGACUUUGAACCUUUUUCUUGGGCUAUCUGAAGUAACAUUGAAACAUGAAACGCGUGUUAUAAAAAUCAUCCAUAUAAACAAUGAUCAAGCAAUGUGGUAAAAAUGUAUUACAAACUACGAUUCGCCAAUUCGCCAUGUUCUAAUUGAUAAUCUCUACGUUACACUGGAGUGCAUUGCGAAAAAAAAACAUGCGGAAAGAUUUUGACAAAAUUCUGUGUAGACCUUAAUUUUGAGUGAAAAGUCACUCAGAAAAAUUUCAAUACCGGAGGAGAGAUUUGGGUCUUCAAAGAGGAGGCAUUUUUGAAACUAUUUUUUCUCGCUGUGACCCCUACCGAACCUGUUUUGGGAAAAAUGGCCCAGUUAUACCCGACCUAGGCCAUUGCUACAUAUUAAAAUCCAAUACCAUUUUUAGGGUUUCACUGAGUGGUUGAAAAUUUGCAAACCAGUUAUUUUUGGGUCAAAAAUUAUUCCCUGCGUAAUAUUUUCGAAAAUUAUUGAAUGAUUAUUAACUAACAAAGUUAUUGAGAUAUUUCGGUGAAUGGUGAGAUCGCAGUGGUGAAUGGCCUGGCGGAUUGGGAGGUUGCUGACCUAUGGCAUUCGUAGCCAAUAAGCCGUUUAUUUUCAUUUAUGUCAGCUUUCCACUGCGGCUUAGUACUUAGCUUGUUGUACUCGAUCCUUGGCUUGAAACUGACAAGUUCCUUUGAGGAAGAUACAUAUUUCAUUCAGCCAGCCAUUGGUGGCUGGAUGAUGUGGUGGGCAAAACUUUUGAACGAUAGCUUACCUUGAUUUUUGCAAUAGUUUGUGAAUAUCUGAUUGUUGAAUCUGAUGGUGUUAUCCGACACAGCGAUCUCUGGCAAUCCAACUUGUGUCAAUUUUGAUUUCGCCGCAAGAAAUACUAGGAAGUGAUACGAACCUUGAAAUAGAUAUAAUUCGUAUUCUAAAAAUGCCAAAAUAAUAGAAAAAUAUCAUUUCUGAAAGAGGGAAAAUAUUUUGAAUUACAAUGGUGACAAAUGACAAUUUUCCGUCAUUGUUGCCAAUUUUGGAAAACUGAAAAAAUUUGGGAAAUUUUUUGAGUACUUUUCUCAAUUUUUUGAAAUUAACAAUGUUGACUGAAAAAUUGGCACCUCAGCGUUCCAAAAUAUUUCCUCAUUUUCAGGAAAAAUAUUUUUUCAUGUUAUGGGUCGAUUAAUGCGAAAUAUUUGAGAAAAAAAUGGUCCGUUUUCCCAAAACAAGUUGGGCUGAAUAAGGAAGAGCGAAAAAACCAUGAUAUUUUCGAAAAUUUCCUUUCUUUGAGUACCCAUUGUUCCCAAAUUUUUUCUGAAUGAUUUGGUCAAAAUCCUUGUAGCUUUUUUUCGCGAUCCACUCUAAUGCUACAUACGAAGGGCAUUCUAACAUCAUUUUCCCCGACCUGCCAAAACGUGAUUUCUUUUUAUAUGUAUUUAUACCUUCAGUUGAGUCCGGUACCCUGUCUUUGGACUUUUUGUCUGUUGAGAUUCAGCGAUUGAUUUCGUCCGGUUCUAGGAAAAUUGUCGGGCCAUUAAUUUUCCCUGAUGCUAUGCGAGUUUUCACUGCUAAAUAUUUUCCUAGAACCCUCAAUGGAAUCGUGGAAAUUACGCAUGCUAUAAUACCAUGAAUUUUAUUUGAGAGAUGUACAUAAUCAUACAUUCACUUUCAGCCUUUCUCAAUGAAACGAUGACGCAUCUCAGAAUCUACUUUUGAACGCAAUUCUUAACAUACGAGCGCGGCGCGGCGGUGCGUUAGUUAAUUGUUCGCGAAAAAUAAAAAUGUUAUAAUUAUUACGAUGGCAGCGGCUUCGCACAGCCCGUCGUAUCGCAUCAAAUCGACACGCGUGUAGGUCGAGCCGGAGUAAGCUUACGGGGAAGCGUGGUUUGAUUACGCCUUUGUCGAAUAAUACUCGCCCGAUUCGUAACAAUGCGAAUAGAGCAUGUAAGAUGUACGCGAAUAUUAAGUACUCGCGUGUUUUUUUAAAAAUAACAGGUGCGGCGCGACGCGGUUUCAUCAAAAUCUUGCCUUCAUCGCAGCUUAUUUUUGUUUUGUUUUUGCCUUCUUGUUUUGCGGCUGUUUUUGUACGUAAAUUACGCAUAUAGAUUCGAGCUUGUCAUACGUAAUAAUCUGAUUUACGACUUUAUGUGAUGUACGAGUACUAUUUGCUCGUAUUAAUCGUAGGUAUUAUUAUUCGACAUUGCGUUGUUUUUAUGUUCAAAAACUGCGUUAAUUUGUUUUGGUCUACGAUGCUAAUUCGCUCUAUUCUGCGUUUAUGUUUAUUCUAGCAGGUAGGCUGCUCACGUGGUAUUUUGACAAAGUUCCUAAAGUGAGAUCCUUGGGUCAUUUUUGAAAAAAACUUAUAGGUUAUUACUACUUUUGGGUAGUUUGGUGUAACGUGUGCAGUUGUUCGUCCCCCCUCACAUUGAAAAGUUGCGAUAAGAGUUUCUGAACUUUCUCGACCCAUUGAGCUAUCAAUCACUUGAAGAAUCGGGGAUCGCAAAAGUCACGAUUUUUCAUUAACUUUUCUUUCGAUUUUCCAUCUUUUAAAAACUCUCUUUAUGAAACACUAGCGCCGGAUUCGUGUUCAGCCGGUCAAAAUACCCCGAUUACCACACUUAUUAUAGAAAAUUCGAUCGAAUUAUUCGAAUUCUUUUUUUUGCUGGAUUUUUAUCUUGCACUUGGCUGACUUGGCAAAAUGAGUGAAAAAAUAAGAAUUUUGAAAAUUUGAUCAAAAUAGCCGUAAAAAAGUGUUAUUCGAGGGUCAGCGUAUAUUCUGAAUUUAAUCAUUUUCUUCAUUUCCGAUUCAAGCCUCUCUUUCCCCCUUACGUUCUACCUUUACAGAUCCUUAAUCAGGACGCCAAAAAGCAUGUCUUGUAUGCGUACAAAUCGUCAGCUCUUGCCUUAUAACUUCUCCCUAUGAGAUGGUAUUUUUCCUACGUUACUGAUUCGCAAGAAUGUUAAUGUUAUUAAUUUACAAAAAUAUACCAGAAAGUACGCUUUUACUAAUAUGCCACAUAAUGAAUGGACGAAGCUAAAAUAGGUGGACAGAAAAAGGAAAAAUAACAACAUAUUGCAAAAUAUUUGGCUCAUUCGUUCGUAGCGUGUGCAAAAAAUUAUAAGAAUUAAGACGAUUCGUCGACGACUCGUCCGACGUUCGGGUUGAGAUAGCAAAUUUAGGCCAUACAGUCGAGCAACUGAGCAGUGAGCAAAUGGCCAGCAGCCGCCGUGUUCAGCGUUCGCUAGUCUGCCUCGCUAAUGCUAUACUGAGCCGUUGCGAGAGAUCAACGAGCAACCACCGCACCAUCCUCGUGGUUCUUACUAUUCACAUUAUGUACGAGUAAUACUCGUAAGACCUACGUAAGAAGACGAAUUUCAGUUUAAGAAGGUAGACUACCUGCAUACCACGAAAAAUACCUACCUAGACCUAGCAUAUAGUCCCCAGCCCUCCUCCUCCUUCAAUUCACAUUCAUAAGUUGCAUAUUUUAGUAACUCGCUGACGUUCGAAUGAGGAAAAAGUACACGAAUGAAAUUUAAUUCCAUAUUUAUACAAAUGAUUACAAAAUUUCUAUCCAUUUCUUCAUGAAAAAUUUAUAAAAAUGCUUCGAGUUGUAAGGUAUGCGAUAGGACGAGAAGAUUUCUUAAAAAUCACUCAGCGAAACAGACGAAGCAAGAUCCGUACAACUGACGACAAUUUUUUGGCAAACUUCGAAAAAUUAAUUUUCACUUGGCGUACCAGAAACGUGCAAAAUGAGAUCAAUUUUUUCGCUAGUUAUCGAGAUUUACGAUGAUUUUUUGGCAGCUUAUGCGGAGAACCUGAGUGCCAUGGUCUCCCACGACUAUUGAUUAAGCUAAAAUACAACGAGUGGGUGCGAAAUAUAACAGCGAUUUCAUUAGCUGUUUAAUUUGAGAAUUUUUUCCAAACCAGACUCAUUUUUAUUUUCAAAUAGAUCGAAAAACCUUAUUAUCUACCCAUAGUACUUACUCAUUUUUGAAUUGAUAUCGAGUUUUCGAGUUGGAACAGCCGGAACAGGUGACAGCGUAGGUGGUGUAUUUCAUAAGUUCUACAUAAUUAAAAGACUAACGUAUUAUAGCAAGUAAACGUAGGAAAUGGCGCGAUGAAAAUAUACGUAAAUUUCCGACUGUGUGUUAUGUAGGCAACAAUCCAAGCAUGAAAAAAUACUUUCGAAGUUGAUGAAUAAAGGUAGAAGGUACUACUUGUCCUCGUCAGAAAAGUACUCUUUCGAAAAUUUUGCUGGGGGGGGGGUGGAUUUUUUCGGAGAUUUAGUCGAAAUCUCAAAUACGUACUCGACGUAAAUAUUUGUGUUGGGGAACCUCACAACUGCGUACUCCUAUGGUCAUUCACUUCCAUCCAAUCUGUUACUUCUGUUUGAACGCAUUGCUUAUUCGUAGGUUUUGAGACAGUUUAUUCAGAAGGUGCCCGGCUCACGUCAUUAUUUGUAUUUUUAUUGGAAUCGGUAUCCUCGACGUGAUCGUUUACAUUGUUUCUGUUCUUCGCUUUCUUUGCGUUCUCCGUGCGAUUCUAAAUAUUUGAUUUUUUCCGUCUCACUCUGCACAAUUGCAUUCCAUUAUGGUACACUUUGAAUGCAAUUUUUAUUCAUUUUCGAGCAAUUUUGAUGGAAAACCCGCUCUGUUGGCGAGAAUAAUUUAGUCUGAAACCAAAAGAUUCUUUGAAGUUUGUGUGAUGGAAUUACUUGAAAUCAUUCUGCGCCAAAAUUGCGAGAAAAAAAAUGCUUGCUUAACGUGAAGUUAUUUGUGCAAGUAGAUAUGCUUGUCAACUGCCCCCCCCCCCAGAUUUCGGUAGGUUUUGAAAUGUUUAACCAAAAAUAUCGAUGCGACCCAUCAAAAUGGUUUAAAAUUUCUCGCUGAACUCGAAAAUCACACUCAUUUUUCAUUUUGACGCCUGUAAGUAAUCCCUCCUCCCCUUCUAAUGAGUUGAAAAUUAAAUGCGACCUAUCGUAAUUGCAAGUGGGUACCUAUAAUAUUUUGCGGUUAAAGACGCAGUCAUUUUUCAUUUUGUUGACCUCUCGAUGGAGUUUCUCCUCGAAAAUGAAAAAUUGAGCUUUCGCCUUCAAAGGUCAAUUCUGAACACUAUCACUUUUGAAUUUCAUUGUAGGGUUUCUACCACAGGGGAUCAAUUGUGAGCUUCCAUCUUAUAAGCGGAUAUAUAUUUGAGCUCUUAUUUUUGAACUUUCAUCUCAACAAUUAAUCGCUGACCCUUCAUAUUGAAAUCUCAGCUGUAAGCUCAAAAAUUCAAUUUGAAGCUUUCGCCUUGAAAGUUCCAUUUUGAGCUAUUACCAUUCACCGUAGAAGUUUAUUUUUUGAAGCUUUUUUAAGCUAAUACAUACUUCAAACGUUCAAUUGAAAAUUUAACUCUAAGCAUUGACCUUGAAAGUUCAUUUUUAAACUCUCACCUUGAAAAUUCACAUGUGACCUUUCACCUUAAAAUUUCAUCCUUGAGCUUUCACACUUGAAAGUUCAAUAAAACAAACGGUUAGCGUCAAUUACUGUGAAACGAGCUCGCAAGUCAGUGAUCUCCAGAAAUACUACGCGAAGCACACUUAACACGACCAAGUUAAUGUGAUUGCAUACGUGGAUCUUUUCAAGGCGAACGUGUUGAUUUUUCAAACGACCAAUUUUUUAAAUACGAGAUAUUAUUCUACUUUGAACGCGACUCGUUCGCGAAAUAAACAUCGUAAAAGCAAUCAACGUUCACUCGUGAGUUUUGCUAUUCGCGUAUGAACGGACUUUUUACAAACCUGAAUCAGUAGAUUUUCGCAAAUUAUUCAUUCAACUUUUGUAAUUUCUUCAAAAAAAAAAAAAAAAAAGAUGGCUUACUGUGUUGAUUCUGGAUUGGCUUAUCAUUUAUUCGUCUUCAAUUUAUUCGUCUUCAUUAAUCUCCUCGUUCGCGGCCUGCAAUUCCAGCUGCUCAAGUGCCUCCACGACGACGUCCUCUUCAUUUUUCGUAGAUGCUAUGAUACAAUUUGAGAAAAGGUCAUCUCGUACCUUAACUGAAAAAAAUGAGAAAGUGAGCAAAAAUCAUGUUUCUGAAAAAGAUUGAACACGUAGAUUGAUACUAUGUUGGGUUGUUUUCAACAUUUUUUGAAAAAUAUGGAGAGGGUAUUUGAUGAAAAGUUUUAGGAAAACCUCAAAAAGCUGCAGGAAAAAUUUUUUAUCUCUGGCUUGAACCAUUACUUUUCUACUUGGGUUUCUGAUUUUAAAAUUUACUUUAAAAUUCAAACAUAAAUGUUGAAAAAAGACGAUAGAAAUUAUUGGUGAUAAUUGAUUUUAUUACUACAUAUAUAUCCACUUAAAAAUAAUAGAACCGUUUUUGAUGUUUUUUCAGUCUUCCAUGGGUUUUUCAUGAUUUAAAAAAUUGUAUAAAAUAACUUUAAAAAGUGUUUGAAAAAAUAUCAAAAACUAUGUUCACACUUUUAAGUGAACAUAGAUGAUCAAUUAUCACAAAAAAAUUUGAAUCGAAGAAAUUUUUUUUUUUUGAUUUUCAAUGUAUGUACAUAGCUAAACUUUAAAAUUUGAAACCCCAGCAGAAAUGUGAUGGUUCAAAGCCAGGGAUCCAAAAUUCUCCCUGUAGUCUUUAAGGUCCCUUACACUUUUUAUCGAUUCCUCCCUCUAAAUUUUCCAAACAAAAAAAAAAGUCGAAGACGACCCACCCUAGUAGAUUAGAUACCCUUAGAUAUGACGGACAUGUCGGCGCGGUAGAGCUACGUGUUACCAAAGAACUAAAAAAAAAAACACCAUAAAAUCUGUCCGUUCGAAUGCU